AUGGAGCCCACGCAGCAGAACAACUGGCUGCAGACCGGCUGGGUGGCGCGCCGCGGCGGCCAGCGCAUCUUCGUGGAGCUGCAGUUCACGCUGCGCGACUGCAACAGCAUCCCCGGCGUGGCGGGGACCUGCAAGGAGACCUUCAACCUGCUGUACGUGGAGUCGGACCGGGACCUGGGCGGCGUGACCCGGGAGGACCGCUACACCAAGAUCGACACCAUCGCCGCCGACGAGAGCUUCACGCAGGGCGACCUCGGCGAGAGGAAGAUGAAGCUGAACACGGAGGUGCGCGAGAUCGGACACCUGAACCGGAAGGGCUUCCACCUGGCCUUCCAGGACGUGGGCGCCUGCGUGGCGCUGGUGGCCGUCCGGGUUUACUACAAGCGCUGCCUGGCCACCGUGCAGAACCUGGCCGUGUUCCCCGACACGGUGGCCGAGGCCGCCUUCGCCACGCUGGUGGAGGUGCGCGGCGCCUGCGUCAACAACUCGGAGGUGGACACGGACAGCCCUCCCAGGAUGCACUGCAGCGCCGAGGGCGAGUGGCUGGUGCCCAUCGGGAAGUGCAGCUGCAGCGCCGGCUACGAGGAAGGACACAGCAGCUGUGAAGCGUGUCCUCCUGGUUCGUACAAGAUGUCCUCCAGGCAGCAGGAGUGUUUUCCCUGCCCGGCCAACAGCGUGGCCGAGGAGGAGGGCUCGGUGGUGUGCAUGUGUGAGGAGGACCACUUCAGGACUCCCCUGGACAAUCCCUCGGCUCCCUGCACACGGCCUCCCUCGCCGCCCAGAGACCUGGUCUACACCCUGAAGCAGUCCACGCUGAUCCUGGAGUGGUCGGCGCCGUCGGACUCGGGCGGCCGGGUGGACCUGACCUACAGCGUGGGCUGCCGGCGCUGCGUGGGCCGGCAGUGCGAGCCGUGCGGGGCCAGCGUGGGCUUCGUGCCGCAGCAGGUGGGCCUGACGGAGAGGACGGUGACGGUGGUCAACCUGCUGCCCAACACCAACUACACCUUCACCGUGGAGGCCCUGAAUGGGGUGUCGGAGCUGCUGCCCAGCAAGAGGUUCUACACGCAGGUCAACGUGUCCACGAGUCUGCCCGCUCCGUCUCUGAUCAGCGAGCUGCGAGCCGAGAAGAUCGAGCAGAAGAGCAUCACGCUGGUGUGGAGGGAGCCGUCGUACCCCAACAGCAGCCGCACCGAGUACGAAGUCAAGUACUACGAGAAGGAGCAGAAGGACCAGAGCUACUCCACGGUGAAGACCGCCGCCACUCGCAUCAGCGUCAACAACCUGAAGCCUGGAACCACCUACGUCUUCCUGAUCCGGCCCUUCUCCACGCCGGCGCCCUCCUCGUCCUUGUCUUCCUCCCAGCUCUCCUCCUCCUCCUCUUCUACUUCCUCCUCCUCCUCGGCCUCGUCGCUGUCCUCCUCCUCCUCCUCGGCCUCCUCAUCGUCCUCCUCGCCGCCGCCCAUCGACUACGGAGCGUUCAGUUCGCCGCUGGAGCUGCAGACGCUGGGCGAGCUGGCGCUGGCGUCCAGCGAGCAGAGCCCGGUGGUGAUCAUCGUGGUGGUGUCGGUGGCCGCCCUCAUCAUGCUGCUGUCGAUGGGCGUCGGGCUGCUCAUCUGGAGGAGACAAUGCGGCUACAGCAAGGCGUCCCAGGAGGGCGACGAGGAGCUCUACUUCCAGUUUAAGAUCCCGACUCGGAGGACCUACAUCGACCCGGAGACCUGCGAGGACCUGCUGCAGGCCGUGCACGCCUUCGCCAAGGAGCUCGACAACUCCAGCAUCAAGAUCGAGAGGAUCGUGCACACAGGCGACUUCGGGGAGGUGUGUCGCGGCUGCCUCAAGCUGCCCAGUAAGAGGGAGCUGCCGGUGGCCAUCAAGACGCUGAGGGCCGGAUGCUCCGACAAACAGCGGCGCUCCUUCCUCAGCGAGGCGGGAAUCCUGGGACAGUUCGACCACGCCAACAUCAUCCGGCUGGAGGGCGUCAUCACCACCGGCAACACCAUGAUGAUCAUCGUGGAGAGCAUGUCCAACGGAGCCUUAGACUCCUUCCUCCGGAAACACGAAGGGCAGCUGAGCGUGAUGCAGCUGAUGGACAUGCUGACCGGCGUGGCGUCGGGGAUGAAGUACCUCACCGAGAUGGGCUUCGUGCACAAACGUCUGGCUGCGCACAAGGUGCUGGUUAACUCCAACCUGGGCUGCAAAGUGUCCGGAUUCAGACCUCUGCAGGAGGACAAGAUCGAGGCCAUUUACACCACGCUGCACGGAGGGAAGAGCGUGGUUCUGUGGACCGCCCCCGAGGCCAUCCAGUACCACCGCUUCUCCUCGGCCUCCGACGUCUGGAGCUUCGGCAUCGUCAUGUGGGAGGUGAUGUCCUACGGAGAGAGGCCCUACUGGGACAUGGGCAACCAGGACGUGAUCAAGGCCAUCGAGGACGGCUUCAGGCUGCCGGCGCCGGUCAACUGUCCUCCUCACCUCCACCAGCUGAUGCUGGACUGCUGGCAGAAGGAGCGGACGGAGCGGCCCAGCUUCAGCCAGAUCCACUCGGCCCUCAGCAAGAGCAUCCGGUCGCCCGACGGCAUCGGCUCGUCCACGUUAGCGCGCAGAACCCUGAGCUCGUCCAUCACGCUGGCCGAGCGGCCGCUGCCCUCCUUCCCCUCCUUCAGCUCGGUGGGCGAGUGGCUGGACGCCGUGGACAUGGGCCGCUACAAGGACAACUUCACCGCCGCCGGAUACUGCUACCUGGAGUCGGUGGCCCGGAUGACCGUCCAGGACGUGCUGAGCCUCGGCAUCACCUCUCUGGACCACCAGAAGCUGAUCCUGGCCGCCAUCCAGACCCUGAGGGCGCAGGUCAUCCAGAUGCACGGCCGCGGCGUGCAGGUCUGA